AUUAAUAUUUCAUUAUUAUCCGAAAAUGAAGCAUCCAGAUCUAUUAGCAGUAUCAGCGACGCUAUGGAUAUUACUUGCCAUAGUUUUACCAACGAAGACACAGAACGUAAAUCCACUUUCUUCGAUUAUGCAGUUCCUAAGAGAAGGCACAAUCCACCUUGAUAGUGAACCACCUGACCAAAACAAUAUGCUGACAGAAUAUGACUUUAUAAUCGUUGGUGCUGGAACAGCUGGUUGUGUACUUGCUAAUCGACUAACAGAAAUACCCGAUUGGAAAGUACUACUAGUGGAAGCUGGUAACAAUGAAAACUUCGUAAUGGACAUACCACUUUUAGCGAAUUAUCUUCAAUUCACUUCAGCGAAUUGGGGUUAUAAAACGAAACCGUCGAGUAAAUAUUGUGCCGGUUUUGAGAAUCAGCAAUGCAACUGGCCGCGUGGUAAAGUAGUCGGUGGGUCAAGUGUUCUCAAUUACAUGAUAUACACGAGAGGCGCAUCCAACGAUUACAACAAAUGGAAACAAAUGGGCAAUGAAGGUUGGGGAUGGGAUGAUGUCCUACCCUAUUUUAAAAAAGUUGAAAACUUCAAUAUACCAUCAUUAGAUGAUCCGAAAUAUCACGGACAUGAUGGAUUUCUUAACGUAGAAUAUUCUCCAUAUCGUACAGCAAAAUCAAAAGCUUGGGUUAAAGGUGCACAAGAAAUGGGGUUCAAAUACGGAGACUACAAUGGCGUCAACCCAUCGGGAGUUUCUUUCUUGCAACUGUCUAUGAAAAACGGUACUCGUCAUAGUUCAAGUAGGGCUUACUUACACCCCAUUAAUAAGAGAAACAACCUUCACAUGUCUAAGAAUAGUGUGGUGACGAAACUCAUUUUCGACAAAACAAAAAGUAAAGUUAUCGGAAUCGAAAUGGAAAAGCGUAAUAGAAAAUACAAAAUAUUAGCAAAAAAAGAAGUUAUACUGUCUGCUGGUGCGAUCAAUUCGCCACAACUGUUAAUGUUGUCAGGAAUAGGUCCCAAAAAACACUUAGAGUCUUUGAAUAUUCCUGAAGUGAAAGAUUUACCAGUUGGGUAUAACUUAAUGGAUCAUAUAGCUGCAGGCGGUGUUCAGUUUAUGGUUAAUAAACAAAAUUUCAGUCUUAAUACAGAUUAUUUAUUAAAUCACUUAGAUUUAGUAUUUAAAUGGAUGAGGACGCAUAAAGGGCCACUAUCGAUUCCUGGCGGCUGUGAAGCACUUGUAUUUAUGGAUUUGAAAGACAAGUUUAAUUCAACUGGCUGGCCUGAUAUGGAACUUCUAUUCAUAAGCGGAGGAUUAAACGCCGAUCCAUUGUUAAGAAAAAAUUUUGGCUUCGAUGAGGAGAUUUACAUGGAUACAUACGCAUCUUUAGAAAAACACGAUGUAUUUAUGGUCUUCCCGAUGUUAAUGAGACCGAAAUCGAAAGGCAGAGUUAUGUUGUCGAGCAGAAAUCCCAAAGCUCAUCCGACUUUGAUACCGAACUACUUUGAUUAUCCAGAGGAUCUGCAGAAGAUAGUGGAAGGUAUUAAAGUGGCAAUACAAAUAUCCAGACAACCGUCAAUGAAGAAAUUGGGGACGAAAUUGUAUGAUGUGCCGAUAGAAGAAUGUUUGAGGUAUGGAGCGUUUGGCAGCGAUGCCUACUUCGCUUGUCAGGCGCAGAUGUUUACGUUCACAAUAUACCAUCAAAGCGGCACCUGUAAAAUGGGAUUGGCUAGUGAUCCCACAGCAGUUGUUGACUCAAGACUCAGAGUACACGGUAUUGCUAAAUUAAGGGUAAUCGAUGCCAGCAUCAUGCCAGAUAUUGUGUCGAGUCACACAAACGCUCCAGUUUACAUGAUAGCAGAAAAGGGUGCUGAUAUGAUAAAAGAAGAUUGGAAGAGGAUGAGGUGAUAAAAAUCGAGUUAUAAUUAUAGAAUUAUAGGAAAAAUCUGUGAUUUAAGUUAUUGAUUUGUAAGCAAUAAUAGUAUUGAUGAGAAUAGUUUAAGACGUUAAUUUCAUAUAAUAUUG